UCAUUUUACUCUAGUAAAAUAUUCAAAAUUAAAUUAUUUUACGCUAGUACCAAAUAGAAGCUAAUCAUUUUGUUUUUUUCAAUGACGAGACAGGUGGAAGGAUUUGGAAUCGGAGUAAGACUACUUGGUUAUCUCCGACCUCCCCCACAAUUUUCAAAUUGAACUCUUACUGUAUUACUUAUUAUUCGAUUCAAUUGGAAUUCAACGAUGGCUUCGUCAUCGGCAACGAUAAACAAGAUCGAAAGAGCUCACCAGAUGUACAGGGAAGCUAAGUACUCCGAAGCUCUCCUGUAUUAUACCGAUGCUCUUUCUUUGGCUAAAAACAAAUCCCAAAAGAUCGCUCUCCAUAGCAAUCGUGCUGCUUGUUUCCUCAAACUUCACCAUUUCAAAAAGGCAGCAGAUGAAUGUACAUUGGUGCUUGAACUUGAUCAAAAACACACAGGCGCUCUGAUGUUGCGUGCUCAAACCUUAGUCACCCUCAAGGAGUACCAUUCAGCACUUUUUGAUGUCAACAGGCUGAUUGAGUUGAAUCCAUCAUCAGAAGUGUAUCAAAACUUACAUGCCCGUCUGAAGACACAACUGUCACUUGCUCCAAUACCUGAAGCUGAAGCAGAGCUUGAAGAAGAUGAGGACGAAGAUGAUGACUUAAAGGUAGAUUGGAAAGAACGAUGUACUAAUAAAGAAACCGAUGAAGUUGAUGUAGGAGAAGACGACAGAGCUUCUGAGGAAGUAACCACAAGAAAAGCUGAGUCUGGAAGUGUCAAACAGACAACUGAAGUGGGUGAUGUUCAGAAAAUCGAAUCGUCUGAACAACAGGCUUCUAGCUGGAAAGCAAUUCCACAGCCAAAAGGACAUUCACGGCUUGACUACUCUAAAUGGGAUAAGGUUGAAGAUGAGUCUAGUGAAGAUGACGAUGAUGACGACGAUGAUGACGAUUCUCAACCUCAGUAUAGAUUCCGUGUUAAAACUAUUGGUGUGCGAGCUGUUAAGUAAGAGGAAGAAAGUAUUUAAUGCAAAUUGCAUGAUUUGUGCCAUACCAUUCUUUAUUGUUUCAUAUGAAGAGAGCUGAAAGUCUACUGGGCUUAGAAAUGAUGGUAGCUUUGUUUCAUUCAGCAUCAUGUGUGGAAGCUCUAGAUCAUGUUGAUAGUUCCUUAUACUUGUGAGGAUAGAAACAAUGUACAUUUUAUGUGAAGUGAUAGAGCAACAGAAACUUAGAUAUCCUCUGGCCAGAGUGAGGUCUGGCAGUGUUACUAUGAUUCUAUGGCGGUGCUAUUUUGAUUGUUUCCCGUGUCAGGAGAACUGAUGUCCAGGGUGCUGGCUGUACAGUUCACUUUGGUGGCAUAGCCCGUUUCUCCAUUAGAUCAAUUGUCAGAAGUAGGAAGAGGAACGUACAUUUCCUUUUCCUUUUCCUUUUUAGGGGAUACAUAUUUGUUAAUGAUUCAUAUUUUGUAUUGAUAAUGGAUCAAAAUUCUUCCCAUUAAAUUACUAGUAAUCUCUGCAGUCACCUUUGGAUUA